UCAAUAGUAGAUAAAACACCAAACCCCGACUCCAAACAACCAAAAACAAAGAAAGCUACUUAAACUUAUUUGCUUUCUUUCGCCUUCGUCUCCUCAAAAUCCCAAAGCAAAUGGCUCUCGAAAGCUUUCAGUUGCCGAUCACAGAUUUCCAUAUCGGCAAUGAAACUCGAAGGAAUUCGGUGUUAAUUUGCGUGCCGAUAAUGGCAGAAUCAGUUGAUCAAAUGCUGGUUCAGAUGCAAAAGGCAAAGGACUUUGGUGGCGAUCUUGUUGAGCUUCGGGUGGAUUUCUUGAAGAACUUUGUUCCUAGGCAAGAUCUUGAUAUCUUGAUCAAACAAGCUCCAUUGCCAACUCUUGUCACCUACAGACCAAGAUGGGAAGGUGGUCAAUAUGAUGGUGAUGAAAGCAAGCGGCGAGAAGCAUUACGUCUGGCCAUGGAAUUGGGAGCCGAUUACAUUGAUAUAGAACUCAAGGUUGCUCAUGACUUCUUCAAUUCACUUCCAGGGAAGAGGCCUGAAAAAGUCAAGAUUAUAGUUUCUUCACACAACUAUGAAAGAACUCCAUCGGUCAAGGAAUUAAGUCACCUUGUUGCGAGAAUACAGGCUACCGGAGCUGACAUAGUGAAGAUCGCAACAACUGCCGUAGACAUCAUAGACAAUGCUAGAAUAUUUCAAGUGCUUGUACACUCCCAAGUUCCAAUGAUAGGACUUGUUAUGGGAGAGAGGGGUUUGAUGUCGAGGAUCCUUGCUGCUAAAUUUGGGGGAUUUCUCACUUUUGGUUCACUCGAGGCAGGACUAGUAUCGGCCCCUGGGCAACCAACUGUGAAGGAAUUAUUAGAUUUAUACAAUAUGAGGCUUAUAGGACCUGAUACCAAAGUCUAUGGUGUUAUCGGAAAUCCUAUCGGUCACAGCAAAAGUCCUCACAUCUACAAUGCUUCAUUUAAAUCCUCCAGUUUUAAUGGAAUAUAUCUACCUUUAUUGGUUGACGAUGUCUCAACUUUUAUUACCACUUAUUCAGCCCCCGAUUUUGCUGGAUACAGUUAUACCAUUCCUCACAAGGAGGCUGGACUUAAAUGCUGUGAUGAGGUUGAUCCCAUUGCCAAGGCAAUAGGAGCGAUUAGUUGUAUGAUCAAAAGAUCAACUGAAGGAAAACUGAUUGGUUAUAAUAUCGACUACCUUGGUGGCAUUGCAGCUAUUGAAGAAGAACUAAGAGUAUCAAAUGGUGCAACCCUUGCAUCCGGUUCGCCAUUGGCUGGUAAAACAUUUGUCAUAAUUGGAGCCGGUGGUGCUGGAAAAGCACUGGCUUAUGGAGCAUAUGAAAAAGGAGCUCGAAUCGUUGUUGCCAAUCGCACAUACGACAAAGCUAAAGAACUCGCUAGCAAAGUCCGAGGACAAGCACUUACUCUUGCUGAGUUAAAUGAUUUCUGUCCUGAAGAAGGGAUGAUCCUCGUUAACACGACACCUGUUGGAAUGGAACCAAGAAUCGAGGAGACACCAGUGUCCAAGGAAACUUUGAAACACUACUCGUUGGUGUUCGAUGCUGUUUACACACCAAAGUUAACCAGACUCCUAAGAGAAGCAAAGCAAUCUGGUGCUACUAUUGUGUAUGGAACAGAGAUGUUUAUCAACCAAGCAUUUAUACAAUUUGAGAUGUUCACCGGUUUGCCUGCACCAAAGCAACUCAUUAGGGAUGUAUUGGCAAUAACUACAUAAAAAGAAGGAAUAUUUCUUAUUGCAGCUCAACCGAAGUUUUUCAAGGGGUUUUCAUGUGAUCAAGCUCAACCCCUUAUUCUUUGACAAGUUUUUUUUUUUUUAAUAAAUAUAUUUGGUCAUAAUUUUGAGAGAAAGUGUAAGCAUUUUCUUCUUUUGGCUCAGUUUGUAAUCGUAUCAUGAAAAUUAACUUCAAAAGAAAUUACUUAUGCAUUUGCAUUUAAUCCAUCUCUAAUUUUAAUCCUGUGUUAGGAUGGAAAAAAUUAGUAAAUAUUGGGUUUAAGGCUAA